AUGCUCUGUGCCGCGUUCCCACACUGUCCUGACAAUGGCCACCGCGCAUCGGCAGCCGUACCGUACUCCACCGCGGCGACGUCGGCGACGGUAGCCGUAAACCGUUGCGCCGAAACCGAAAAGUCUUUAAACGGUACGUGGCCCAGUUCGGCCGAUGAAACGAGGAAAAAGUUGCAGAACUGGAACCCUUACUCCAUUAACCUAUUUCCUUAUUGCGUCAUCUCGCACCAUCCAUCGGGGCUACAGUGCCACCGACGAAUCUGUGCCAGCCGACACGUUCGAGACGAAAUCGGCGUGACACGACCGACGGCCGUGACGGACGACGACGAUCAUCUGCCCCCAAUCCAUGCAUGCAUCGUGGCACCAGUUUCAAGGCUCGCAUCUCCGCCAUUGCCAAGUCAUGUCCUCGUUUGGCUAAUGCACUUUGUACCACAAGAACGAACGAACGAACGAACUUUACAGCGAUUACUUCAAGAAAUGCUACUCGACAAUCACAUGUCACAAGUACUGCUUUAA